AUGGGAGCUGAGAAGAAAUGGCUAUUCACUCUCUUCUCCGUAGUAUUCCUCUCAGUCUUCCUCCUCUUACUCUACUCAAUCUCCGCCUUCACCUCAAAGCCUUUCCCUUCCGCAAUCCGCCACGGUGCUCAUUACCCGCCGGCUUUCGCCUACUACAUAACCGGAGGACGCGGAGACAAUAACCGGAUCUUCCGGUUAUUGCUAGCGGUUUACCAUCCUAGAAACCGGUACCUUCUCCAUCUGGGCGCUGACGCUACCGACGCCGAGCGGCUCUCUCUUCUCUCCGACUUGAAAUCUGUUCCCGCCGUGAACGCUUUCGGCAAUGUCGAUGUGUUGGGCAAAGUCGAUCGUCUCUCUGACAACGGCGCUUCUAAGAUCGCCGCUACUCUCCACGCCGUCUCGAUCUUGCUCAAGCUUGAUCGGACUUGGAAUUGGUUCGUUGAGCUUAGCGCCUUGGAUUAUCCCCUCAUUACUCAAGACGAUCUGUCUCAUGUGUUUGCCUCGGUGAACAAAAGCGUCAAUUUCAUUGAUCACACUAGUGACCUUGCUUGGAAAGAAUCUCAGAGAAUCAAGCCUAUAGUUGUUGAUCCAGCGCUUUACUUAGCAAGAAGAACACAGCUCUUUACCGCUACUGAGAAACGACCAACACCAGAUGCUUUCAAAGUCUUUACAGGCUCUCCAUGGACUGUACUAAGCAGAUCUUUUCUUGAGUAUUGCAUUUUCGGUUGGGACAAUUUACCGAGAAUCCUCCUCAUGUAUUUCAACAACGUGAUCUUAUCGGAAGAAUGCUACUUCCACACGGUGAUAUGCAACGCGCCAGAGUUCACCAACACGACGGUGAACGGCGAUUUGCGUUACAUGAUAUGGGACAGUCCGCCGAAGAUGGAGCCGCAUUUCUUAACCGUCGCGGAUUUCGACCAGAUGGCGCAGAGCGGGGCGGCGUUCGCGCGGCAGUUCAAGAGAGACGACCCGGUUUUGGACAUGGUCGACAGGGAGAUACUGAAGCGCGGGCGGUUCCGAGUCACUCCUGGAGCUUGGUGCUCGAGCCACGGUAGCUGGUGGACGGAUCCUUGCUCGGAGUGGGACGAUGUCAACGUGGUGAAAGCUGGUCCUCAGGCUAAAAAGCUUGACGAGACGAUAACGAAUUUUCUUGAUGAUUUGAAUUCACAAACGAAUCAAUGCAAGUGA